AUGGUGAAAUACUUUUCUGUGGACUGGCUGGCCCAGAGCCAUCAGCACACCGCGCUGACCAAAGACGAACAAGGAGCUGGCGUGGAUACUGCGCCGACCUGCAGACCUCACAUUCCCUGCAUGGUGCAGCCGCGCCCGCCGGCUUUUGGCAAAGGUUACCUGCAGCCCAAACCCAAAGCAUCCAAGCCCGACGAACACAUGGAGCCAGCGGAGAGAGAGAGCGGGCAGGACUCCAGCCUCAUGUGCUCCCCUUUCCAUCCGACACGCUGCGCCUCGCCAAUUUCAGAAAUCAGCGGCUAUUCCUCCGGGUACGAGAGCGAGGCGGCUUCCUCUGAGGGGAGCGACGUGGAGAAGGACGGAGCGCAGCGGCGUGUGCGCACCAAGUUUACCCCCGAGCAGAUCGGCAAGCUGGAAAAGAUCUUCACCAAGCACAAAUACCUGGAUGCUGGAGAGAGAGUGAAGGCAGCGCAGAAACUGACGCUCACAGAAACUCAGGUGAGGACCUGGUUCCAGAACAGGAGGAUGAAGUUGAAACGGGAGGUGCAGGACUACCUUGCUCCCCCCAUCCAACCGCUGAUGUUCCAGCAUCUGCCCCCGGUGCAGUAUCACCGCGUGGCCGGACAGCGACUCCACUACCCCGCCACCGGCAGGGCCUUUUACCCGCUGCAAGUAGUCCCGCAGCUGGUGAUGCAGCAGCAGCAACAGAUGCCCCCUCACCACCAUCCUCAUGUCAUGAUCCGCAGCCCACACUUCUACUGA